AUGAAUAAAGCACGACAAGGCCGUAUGAACCAGUUGGGUGGGGUCUUUAUAAACGGGCGACCUCUGCCUAAUCAUAUUCGUUUGAAGAUAGUGGAGAUGGCAGCGGCUGGAGUAAGACCCUGCGUCAUCUCGCGACAACUCCGCGUCUCGCAUGGCUGUGUGUCGAAGAUCCUCAAUAGAUAUCAGGAAACCGGAUCCAUUCGUCCGGGUGUAAUUGGAGGAUCAAAACCACGUGUGGCGACGCCUGAAGUAGAGAACAGGAUAGAAGAACUCAAGAGACAAAACCCAGGUAUAUUUUCCUGGGAAAUUAGAGAUAAACUAAUAAAGGAAGGCAUCUGUGAUAAAAAUACGGCUCCGUCGGUCAGUUCCAUUUCGAGACUUAUAAGAGGAGGCAAAAGAGACGAAUCAGACCCUCGAAGAAAUCAUAGCAUUGACGGUAUUCUAGGUCCGUCAUCUUGUGAAGACUCGGAUACGGAGUCAGAGCCGGGUAUCACGUUAAAAAGGAAGCAGCGUAGAUCGAGGACCACCUUCUCAGGAGACCAACUUGAGGCAUUAGAAAGGGCGUUCACAAGAACACAGUACCCUGAUGUUUACACAAGAGAAGAGCUGGCACAGAAAACUAAGCUUACCGAAGCGCGUGUGCAGGUAUGGUUCUCUAACCGAAGAGCACGGCUUCGCAAGCAACUGAACUCGCAACAGCUCAGUGCCUUCAACACAAUGUCCUUGCAAUCUGCCUUUCCUUCCGUACAUCAGCAGUACGAACCACCGUCAACGUUCAACGCUCAGUGUGCGUCAUGGCAGCAGUCGUACUCUUCAGCUUUGGGCUCCAGUUCCGUUCUGAAUUCUGCGUUGGCACCCACGCUCCACCAGUCAUCCUUGACCCCCUCCGUGUGCCAGUCAGCAUUGGCCGCCUCGUCACUUCAUCCGCCCACGUCGACUUCGUUCUCCACAGGAAACUUGACUCCUCUCUCCCAUUCGUCAGAACUACCCACUCCGCUUCAACCGGCUUCAGACGCAACACCUCCUAGCACCAGUCCCAUUGCAAGCAGCCCUUCGGCGAACCAAAGCAGCGGCAUAACCUAUCAGCACUCCGCGUAUGCAAACCCAAGCGAACCAGUCCCCCAUCCAUAUGGAUAUGCAGAUUAUUCGAAACAAGAACACGCUAUGUCGGCUCAUAACCACUGGACUUCGAGGCAGCUCGGUGGGCACCCCCAAAACAAACUACCCGAAGUUGGUUGGCCAGAGAAUUAUAGUUCAUUCUUCGGCACAAAUGCCUCGCACUACGCUUCGCACGCGCAUUCACCGACUGAGGCGAAAUCCGGAUAUCCGUAUUUGGGCCAACUAGGUGGGAUGGAUAUGGGAAGAGUUCAC